GGGCGGCCGUUGGGGAGGGGAAGGGGGGGGCGAGGCGGUCUCGGCCUUCCCCGCCGGCAGCCGUUAACGGGCGCAGUGCUCCCGCCCGCAGGCACCAUGGUGAAGGAGACGGAGUACUACGACAUCCUGCAGGUGAAGCCCAAUGCCUCCUCGGAGGAGAUCAAGCGCGCCUACCGCAAGCUGGCGCUCAAGUACCACCCCGACAAGAACCCCAGCGAGGGCGAGCGGUUUAAACUCAUAUCCCAGGCAUAUGAAGUUCUGUCGGACCCAAAGAAAAGGGACCUCUAUGACCAGGGUGGGGAGCAGGCUAUUAAAGAAGGAGGCCUGAGUGGCGGCAGCUUCUCUUCACCCAUGGACAUCUUUGACAUGUUCUUUGGUGGUGGAGGCCGAAUGAAUAGAGAGAGAAGAGGCAAGAAUGUUGUGCACCAGUUAGGUGUAUCUCUGGAAGAUUUAUAUAAUGGUAUUACAAGGAAACUGGCACUGCAAAAGAACGUAAUUUGUUCCAAAUGUGAAGGUUAUGGUGGAAAGAAAGGAUCUGUAGAAAAGUGUCCUGUGUGUAAAGGAAGAGGAAUGCAAGUUAUAGUUCAGCAGAUUGGACCUGGUAUGGUACAACAAAUCCAAACUGUGUGUCCAGAAUGCAAAGGCCAAGGUGAAAGAAUAAAUCCAAAGGACAGGUGUGACACCUGCAAUGGCUGUAAGGUUGUAAGAGAGAAAAAGAUAAUAGAAGUUCAUGUUGAUAAAGGUAUGAAAGAUGGUCAGAAGAUAGUAUUUCAUGGAGAAGGCGAUCAGGAGCCCGAUCUGGAGCCUGGUGAUGUUAUAAUUGUGCUUGAUCAGAAGGAUCAUAGUGUCUUUCAGAGGCGAGGGCAUGACUUAAUUACAAAAAUGAGAAUUCAACUCUCAGAGGCUUUAUGCGGCUUCAAAAAGACCAUUGAAACUCUUGAUAACAGAGUCCUUGUAAUAACAUCUAGACCAGGUGAAGUGAUAAAACAUGGUGACUUGAAGUGCAUCCAGAAUGAAGGGAUGCCUAUCUAUAAAUCUCCACUGGACAAAGGCAGCUUAAUUAUACAGUUCUUGGUCCAGUUCCCAGAGCACUACUGGCUUCCAAGGGAGAAACUAUCUCUGCUGGAGGCUCUGCUUCCUCCCCGAGAAGAUGUAAUGAUCACAGAUGACAUGGACCAAGUUGACCUAGAAGACUUCGAUCCAAGUGAGCAAACCUACCGUAACAGUGGGGGAGAAGCAUAUGAAGAAGAUGAGGAGGGCCCAAGAACAGGAGUACAGUGUCAAACAUCUUAAAGCAAGGUGGAAUGUGUGUCAUCUAAAAUGUAAAUUUUCACAAUGAAAACUGCAUGGCUGUAAUAGCCACUGCUUGUGGGUUUUGUGUUCAGCAAAUUGAGUUGCUGCGCUGUCACUAUCACUUUUUUUGUAACUAAUUUAUAUUGUGUUCUUGUAGUCUUUAUAUAUAAGGCCAAUGUUACACAGCUGAGAACCAACUGAGUUGGUAUACAUCUUCCUUUGCUGUAAAGGUUCUCAAUUUAUUUCACCUAUGCUAUUUAUAUAAGACUUGCAAUAUUCAUAAGAGCUAAGUGGAGUGUCUUAUGUAAAUAUUUUCAUACUGGAAAAUUAAUUUCAUAGAAUAAAAGAUAGCAUAAAUGACUUCUAAUAAACUGCAUUCUUCACAUUUAUCAUAUUCUUACCCACUAUAGAAUCMUAUUUAGGCCCCUUUUAAGGUUAGACUUUACCUGUGUCAUCCCCUGUCACUGUUAAAUUGCUUUCYGUGCUUUCUUCAAAGAAGGAAACUUGUGCUCUUCCCUUCUUGACUUAACUGUACUCUUCUUUCCUUGCAGUAGACUUGAUCAGGGAAGGCUACUUCUUUAACAGUUCUGUUCCUUACAAGUAUAAUUUACACAUGUAGUGCACCAUUUCAUUAUUCUUAAAUCACUUCCAUCUUAAUAUUAAGUAAGCUUGACCUUUCUGAAUCUCAGUCUAUUUAUUCUUGUGGCAGAGACUAUUUUGUUCCUGUUGAAGGUGGGAGAGUCAGAUCUUAACUGUCAUAAAAUAUCUCCGGCCUCCCCACUUCCUCAUUGUACUCUAGUAAAAUAAUUA